AACCUGAGAGAGAAAGAAAGAAAGAAAAGUGCAAUUGGAAACCGCGUCUUUGUCACACACACGUCAUCUCCUUUUUUCUGCUAUUCAUCUAUCUAUCUCUGUCUUUACUCUCUUUUGCACACAGGCAUGAAAAGCACGAAAUUUUAUAUACAGUAUACACACACAUACGUAUUACGUAGAGUUACGUAGAUACGUCGCGCGUUCUGUCUAAUAUUUUAUAACUUAAAAAUCAAGAGGCACGGUGGUGCCUCGCGCCAAGUAUUUAAAAAUAUAAUACAUCGAAAAAAUAAUUAAAAUUUUACAAGUGAGAACGCUCUAUUUUACAGAGAAAUAAUAUAUAUGAUACAACAAUGCGAUAAGAUAAUGAAACACGGGUGGCUCGUUAUCGCUCGGUCGCGUAUUUUAGGAUGUUACAGCAUACAGCCAAGAAAACGUUGUAUCGGCACAAUGGCACAUCCGUUGAUCGCAGUUUGUCAAAUGCGAUCCGUAGCUGACAAAGCAAAAAAUUUAGAAGUUCUGACGGAAUUAACAGCCGAGGCGAAACGCAGAUCAGCUGCAAUAGCAUUCUUUCCUGAAGCUUGUGAUUACCUGGCGGAUAACAAGAAAGACAUUGUUGCUAUGGCUGAACCUCUGACUGGACAGACGGUAAAAUCUUACAAAGAGAUUGCCGUUAAAAAUGACAUCUGGUUAUCCUUGGGCGGAGUUCACGAAGCUUCAGACAAUGCGGAAAAAAUUUACAAUACUCAUAUAUUGAUAAAUAACGAAGGACAAUUGAUAGCUGCGUACAGAAAGAUACAUUUGUUCGAUAUGGAUAACAAGGAUACCGGAGUACGUCUGAUGGAAUCGGAUUAUGUUCUUAAAGGAGAGGAUAUUUCGCCACCUGUGUCCACGCCGAUUGGCAAGCUCGCGCUCAGCAUUUGUUACGAUAUGCGGUUUCCCGAAUUAUCGUUGACUUUGCGGAACAUGGGAGCGCAGAUUCUCACAUAUCCGUCGGCGUUCACGUAUCAGACCGGUGCGGCGCACUGGGAGGUGAUGUUGCGUGCGCGAGCAAUAGAGAAUCAGUGUUACGUCGUGGCUGCGGCACAAACCGGCGCGCACAAUAAAAAGAGAGUCAGCUGGGGACAUGCCAUGAUUGUAGAUCCUUGGGGCGCCGUUGUAGCACAAUGCGCAGAAAAAACAGGCAUAGCCAUUGCGGAAAUUGAUCUCGCAUUACUGGAAAGAGUCAGAAAAAACAUGCCGUGCGAAGAACACCGCCGUACUGACUUGUAUUCCAAAAUGGAAAUGCCGAAAGUCUAAUUAAUCGGUUACAUCUCUCGAUUGGGCUUGUUAAUAAUAAACUCUUUAUUUUUUAUGUUUUAUAUUUUGUUUCGUUAUCUGUAUGGUGAUUCUUUUGUUUUAUUGUUUAUACAUUGUUGUACUCUGUUAACAAUAAAUUCUGGUUAAGAGCACGCGAUUUAUGACAUUAGGAACACUUCCAUAAAAUGUCUAGUUGCUCACAGAAUUGUUUACAUCUUCUUUUUGAUAAUACAACAUAUAUGUGCAAAAAAGAUGAAGUGUAACAUAAUUGUUAAAUAAAAAAUGCAUAUGUAUAUAUUCUGUUACAUAAUUAUAAGUAGUAGUAUUAAAUAAACAUAUCUA